CUCUGUCUCUUUAUUGAUUCUUUUCCCCUUUUUCCCUUCCUUAGGGUUUUCAAUUUCAUUCUCCCAACCAUUUCUCAUUUUCUAUCUCCGUCGAUCAAACACAACACUCUCUCUAUCUUCGAAGUUUCACUCACCGAAUCGUCAUCUGCGCGUGAAAUUACUCCCGGUAACGAUUUCUAGGGUUUCGAAUUGGGGAUUUUUUUGCCCCAGCUGAUUGUUCCGAACCGAAGCUUUAUUAUUUUUUGUGUCGAUCUAUUUACUCUAUUCGAUGCUAGGGUUUGUUCCAUCGAUGGUAGUGUGAAUCGCCGCCUUUCCGGUGGCGAGCGAGUUGACUCGUUGAGGGGUGGGUGAGUUCUUGUAUGGAAACUCGGAGCCGGAAGCGGGCGGAGGCUUCCUCAGCUGCCCCUUCAUCUUCCUCCUCUGUUCCCACCACUCGUUCCAGCAAGCGCGCACGCCUCAGCCACAACAACGCAAACAACAGCAACAACAACUCUUCCUCUUCUUCUUCCGUCGCAGCCACCGCACCCGCCGCCACAAAAGCAGUCACCACUCGUUCCCGCGCAGCGUCUCGUUCCACCGCCAAGGAUCCCUUACCGCCUAAGAACCCUAAUCCUCCUCUCCCUCCUCCGAUGGACUCAACCAACGAAUCAUCAGGCUCGCGCAGAAAUCGCGGGAAGAAUUCCGCCGAUAGAGACAAUUCCGACAAGGGGAAAGAGAAGGAGCACGAUGUCAGGGUCAGGGAAAGGGAUGCCGAAAGAGGAUUGGCAUUGAACAUGGAAACUGGAGGCGUUGGAGACGAUGAUGAUGAUAGCGAGGGCGGAGUUGGGAUUCUGCAUCAGAACUUGACAUCAGCCAGCAGUGCCCUUCAGGGCCUUCUUCGGAAACUCGGCGCUGGUUUGGACGAUCUGCUUCCAUCAUCGGCCAUGGGUUCGUCUUCGGCCUCUCAUCAGAGUGGGAGACUGAAGAAAAUCCUUUUUGGGUUGAGGGCAGAUGGAGAAGAAGGUAGACAGGUGGAGGCAUUGACGCAGCUGUGUGAGAUGCUCUCGAUUGGGACUGAGGAAUCGCUCAGCACUUUCUCUGUUGAUUCGUUUGUUCCUGUGCUUGUUGGGUUGCUGAAUCAUGAGAGUAACCCUGAUAUCAUGCUCCUUGCUGCACGGGCGCUUACACAUCUCUGUGAUGUGUUGCCUUCAUCUUGUGCCGCGGUUGUGCAUUAUGGUGCUGUGUCAAUAUUCUGUGCGAGGUUGCUUACCAUAGAGUAUAUGGACUUAGCUGAGCAGUCUCUUCAAGCACUAAAGAAGAUAUCUCAGGAGCACCCAACUGCAUGCCUUCGAGCUGGUGCACUUAUGGCUGUGCUUUCUUAUUUGGAUUUCUUUUCUACAGGAGUUCAGCGGGUGGCAUUGUCCACUGCUGCAAAUAUGUGCAAGAAGCUUCCUUCGGAUGCAGCUGACUUUGUGAUGGAAGCCGUUCCUCUUCUGACCAAUCUCCUUCAGUACCAUGAUGCGAAGGUCCUGGAGCAUGCCUCUGUAUGUUUGACUCGAAUAGCUGAAGCAUUUGCAUCAUCUCCGGACAAAUUAGAUGAACUGUGUAAUCAUGGACUAGUAACACAAGCUGCUUCCCUGAUUUCAACCAGCAGUUCUGGAGGUGGACAAGCUUCCCUCAGCACAUCAACAUAUACUGGUUUAAUACGACUUCUUUCAACCUGCGCAAGUGGGUCACCUCUUGGGGCUAAAACUUUGCUUCUCCUGGGAAUCAGUGGUAUUCUUAAAGAUAUUCUAUCUGGGUCUGGAGUUUCUUCAAGUGUUUCCGUGUCUCCUGCAUUGAGUAGGCCGCCAGAUCAGAUAUUUGAGAUUGUGAACCUUGCAAAUGAGCUUCUGCCCCCAUUGCCACAAGGAACAAUUUCCCUCCCUGUAAGUACCAACAUGUUUGUUAAAGGGCCUGUUAUAAGAAAGCCUCCUACUGGAAGUUCUGGGAAACAAGAAGACACAAACGGAAAUGCUCCUGAGAUAUCUGCUCGGGAGAAACUACUAAAUGAUCAGCCCGAGUUACUUCAGCAAUUUGCAAUGGAUCUCCUCCCAGUUUUAGUACAGAUUUAUGGUUCUAGUGUUAAUGGUCCAGUUCGGCAUAAAUGCCUUUCUGUAAUUGGAAAACUGAUGUAUUUCAGUACAGCUGAGAUGAUCCAGUCUUUGUUGAGUGUGACAAAUAUAUCAAGUUUCUUAGCCGGUGUCCUAGCCUGGAAAGAUCCACAUGUUCUAGUUCCUGCCUUGCAAAUUGCUGAAAUUCUUAUGGAAAAGCUUCCUGGGACAUUUUCUAAGAUGUUUAUCAGAGAAGGUGUUGUCCAUGCAGUGGACCAACUUAUUUUGGCUGGUAAUUCAACAAGUGUCCCUGCACAAGCAUCUUCUGCCGAGAAGGAGAAUGAUUCUGUAUCUGGAGCAUCAUCUCGCUCUAGGCGUUAUCGUCGCCGUAGUGGUAACAACAAUCCUGAUGGAAAUCCCAUGGAUGAUUCUAAGAGUCCAGUUUCGGGAAAUGUUGGUUCACCUCCUGGUUCUGUGGAUAUUCCAGCAGUAAAUUCUAGUAUCCGGUCAUCUGUCAGCACAGCUGCAAAAGCUUUUAAAGACAAGUACUUUCCUUCAGAUCCUGGGGCUGCUGAAGUGGGUGUUACUGAUGAUCUGUUGUGUCUGAAAAAUCUCUGCACAAAAUUAAAUGCUGGUGUUGAUGAUCAAAGGUCUACUGGAAAGGGGAAAUCAAAAACUACAGGAUUUGUUGUGGAAGAGAUUUCUGCUAACAAGGAAGAUUAUUUGAUUGGGGUUAUCUCUGACAUGCUAAAGGAACUUGGCAAAGGGGAUGGUGUAUCUACUUUUGAAUUUAUUGGCAGUGGUGUUGUUGCAGCUUUGCUCAAUUAUUUUUCUUGUGGAAAUUUCUCCAAGGACCGAACCUCUGAAACCAACCUUCCCAAGCUUCGCCAGCUAGCACUUACAAGGUUUAAGUUAUUUAUAGCUGUCGCACUUCCUCCUAGUACUCAUGAGGGUUCUGUUGCUCCAAUGACUGUCUUGGUCCAGAAGCUUCAAAAUGCAUUAUCUUCCUUAGAGCGUUUCCCUGUGGUUCUUAGCCAUUCAUCUAGGUCUUCUAGUGGAAGUGCACGCCUCUCUUCUGGACUAAGUGCUUUGUCUCAACCCUUUAAGUUGCGUCUCUGUCGAGCCCAGGGUGAAAAGUCACUCAAGGACUAUUCAUCGAAUGUUGUGCUGAUUGAUCCAUUGGCAUGUCUAGCAGCGAUUGAGGAAUUUCUUUGGCCCCGUAUCCAGCGAAGUGAAUCUGGUCAGAAGGUGUCCAUACCAGCUGGGAACUCUGAAUCUGGUACAACUCCUGCACAGGCUGGCGUUCCAUCACCUUCUACGUCUACUCCAUCCACUACCCGUCGUCAUUCUACCAGAUCUAGAUCAUCCGUUAAUAUAGGUGAUACAGCAAAAAAGGAGACAACUCCAGAUAAAGGCACAAGCUCGUCUAAGGGCAAGGGAAAAGCUGUUUUAAAGCCAGCACAAGAAGAGGCAAGAGGGCCUCAAACCAGGAAUGCAGCACGCAGAAGAGCAGCUCUUGAUAAAGAAGAGCAAAUGAAGCCGGUAAAUGGCGACUCCACUUCCGAGGAUGAGGAACUGGAUAUUUCCCCUGUUGAGAUCGAUGAGGCAUUGGUGAUUGAAGAUGAUGACAUCUCUGAUGACGAAGAUGAUGACCAUGAAGAUGUUUUGAGGGAUGAUUCUCUUCCUGUUUGCUUGCCUGACAAAGUACAUGAUGUGAAAUUGGGUGACUCGGCUGAAGAGAGUAGUGCUGCUCCCGCUACAGGUGAUGGCCAGACUAAUGCUGCCUCAGGUUCUAGCAGCAAAGUUGGUACUGCUAGGGGAUCGGACUCGGCUGAUUUUAGGAGUAGCUAUUCAUCUGGUUCAAGAGGUGCAAUGUCCUUUGCUGCUGCUGCCAUGGCAGGACUUGGAUCUGCUAAUAACAGAGGUAUCAGGGGUGGUAGGGAUAGGCAAGGACGACCACUGUUCAGUAGUUCUAAUGAACCUCCGAAGUUGAUCUUUACUGCUGGUGGGAAGCAGCUUAACAGGCAUUUGACUAUAUAUCAAGCGAUUCAAAGACAACUGGUGCUAGAUGAAGAUGAUGAUGAGAGGUUUGGUGGCAGUGACUAUGUCUCCAGCGAUGGAAACAGGCUAUGGGGUGAUAUUUACACCAUAACUUAUCAGAGGGCAGAUAGCCAAACGGAUAGGGCUUCCACUGGUGGUUCAAGUUCUAAUGUGUCAAAAUCUGCCAAAUCUGGUUCUGUGUCGAAUUCUAGUACUGAACCAAAGCUUCAUCAGGCAUCCGUUCUUGAUAGCAUUUUGCAGGGAGAAUUGCCUUGUGAGCUUGAGAAAUCUAAUCCUACAUACAAUAUAUUGGCGCUAUUGCGUGUUUUGGAGGGUUUGAACCAGCUUGCACCUCGCUUGAGGGCCCAGGUCAUUACUGAGAGUUUUGCUGAGGGGAAGCUUUCAAAUUUAGAUGAGUUAGGUGUUACCACUGGUGCAAGAGUUACUUCAGAAGAAUUCAUAAGCAGCAAAUUAACUCCAAAAUUAGCUAGGCAGAUACAAGAUGCCCUUGCCCUGUGUAGUGGGAGUCUUCCCUCAUGGUGUUACCAGUUAACUAAAGCAUGCCCAUUUUUGUUUCCUUUUGAGACCAGGCGACAGUACUUUUAUUCAACUGCCUUUGGGUUAUCCCGUGCCCUGUAUCGACUUCAACAGCAGCAGGGUGCUGAUGGUCAUGGAUCAGCAAAUGAAAGAGAGGUAAGGGUUGGGAGAUUGCAGCGUCAAAAGGUUCGUGUCUCUCGAAACCGCAUAUUGGAUUCUGCUGCUAAAGUGAUGGAGAUGUAUUCUAGCCAAAAGGCUGUACUUGAAGUUGAAUAUUUUGGUGAAGUUGGUACUGGCCUUGGUCCCACACUUGAGUUUUAUACACUUCUAAGUCAUGACUUGCAAAAAGUUGGACUACAAAUGUGGAGAUCAGAUUCCUCAGAGAAAUAUCAAAUGGAAAUUGAUGGAGAUGAAAAGAAAAUGAAAAGCAGUGAAGGUUCUCUUGCUGGUGAUGGAGAACUUGUUCAAGCUCCUCUUGGGUUGUUUCCACAGCCUUGGCCUUCAAAUGCCGAUGCAACAGAGGGUAGUCAGUUUUCCAAGGCAAUCGAGUAUUUCCGACUUUUGGGCCGUGUGGUUGCUAAAGCUCUCCAGGAUGGACGUCUAUUGGAUUUGCCCUUGUCAGUGGCAUUUUAUAAGCUUAUUCUUGGUCAAGAGCUUGAUUUGCAUGACAUUCUUUUCAUUGAUGCUGAGCUUGGAAAAACUUUGCAAGAGUUGAAUGCACUUGUCUGCCGGAAAUAUUAUCUAGAAUCUACUGGUGGUAGUUACACCGAUGUGAAUAGUAAUUUACAUUUUCGUGGGGCUCCGGUUGAAGACCUCUGCUUGGAUUUUACUCUUCCUGGCUAUCCUGAGUACAUCUUGAAAUCAGGAGAUGAAAUUGUUGACAUUAAUAAUUUGGAAGAGUAUAUAUCUUUGGUGGUUGAUGCAACUGUCAAGACUGGGAUCACACGUCAAAUGGAAGCAUUUAAAGCAGGAUUCAACCAGGUUUUUGACAUAUCGUCUUUGCAAAUUUUUACUCCUCAAGAACUGGACUACCUGCUUUGUGGUCGUAGGGAGAUGUGGAAGGCUGAUACACUAGUUGACCAUAUAAAAUUUGACCAUGGAUACACUGCCAAGAGCCCUGCCAUAGUCAAUUUACUUGAAAUUAUGGGAGAGUUUACACCAGAACAGCAACGCGCUUUCUGUCAAUUUGUUACUGGUGCACCUAGGCUACCCCCUGGUGGACUGGCAGUUCUAAAUCCGAAACUAACUAUUGUGAGGAAGCUUUCGUCAACUGCAGCCAAUGCUUCGUCUAAUGGGAAUGGGCCUUCGGAAUCAGCAGAUGAUGACUUGCCAAGUGUGAUGACAUGUGCUAAUUACCUGAAGCUUCCUCCUUAUUCUACCAAGGAAGUUAUGUCCAAGAAGCUACUCUAUGCAAUCAAUGAAGGGCAGGGAUCAUUUGAUUUAUCAUGAGUCCCAGGAACUAACCAAGCUGUCCCUGAAUGUUAAUAUGAUGAAUCAGGGCUUACUUUUGAGGCUGAAUUAAUUUUUGGUUGCAUGUACUUCCCUUCUUCUCAUCUCAAAUAAUGGCCUAGUUUGGGCUGGUCAUCGAAAGUUGUGGCAAAGUUCAGCUGAAUCGGGUUGGCACAUUUUCAAGGUGUAAAGGGAUUCGCGGAGCUCAUUUUAGCUAUUAGAACGUGUAAAUAAAAAUAGGAAUGUUGAGUUUUUUUUUUCUCCCUAAAUUCUUCAUUCUGUUUGCAAGUCAAAUUAUUGGCAGCUAGUUAUUAUACAUGUAUGGAAUAUUAUGGUAAAAGGGAAUAGAAAUAAUUUGAAUUAUUAUGUUUCAUGAUUUCAUUA